UCAUUGAAAAAUAAUAAGUCAAGUGUGAUGGAACUAGAAUCAUUAGUGUUUAACUUCCGGGAGAGAAUUAAAGUGGUUAAAUGAGGUGUGAAUUUUAAAACACAGUCAGUACUUAGUUCUGCUGGCCUUUAGCCUUGCUUUACCACAUCGUGUACAGAAGUGUCUCGUGGUUAAAUGAAUGCGGUUGGCGACAUGCAAGUGUCCGCGCGCGAGAGAGAGAGAGAGAGAGAGAGAGAGAGAUGCACGAACACAAGUGUCUCUAUCUCGUUCCGCGUGGGAUUUAGGGCACUGGCUAAAAGCAAGCAAGUUCCCACCCGUGGACCGCGGAAGAGGGCGCUUCCAAGCUCUAUUCCCAGGCCACUCGCGCUUACGUAAGCAUUUCAGUUGUUUUCGGACCCGUUUCCGAGCUCUCGCGAUGACAGACAUCUUCCAUUUUGCCACGUUCGCGUGCUGGCAGGAUACGGGAAUCGCGAGGCGGUUCUAACCCGCGGCCAUCCACACGAUUGAAUCAGGCACACACCUCUGAGCAUCUAUUGGACAGGUCAUAGCAUUUUCCCGCCCAUGGGAGCCUUUCCUGUCCCCUCAUUGGUUGAAGUCAGAGUCACACACGUGUCAGGCGCUGCAGUGGGUUUUGCUUCAGGAGGGCAAAGGGGUUUGAUUUUUUUUUUUAAGGAUUCACUACUGUUAGAAUUUGGGAGGAACGGAUCGACUCGCACGGCACCAUUAUUUUUUGAGAAAUUUGCAGUGUAUUACUUUCUUGAAAUGGCUCAGAAGAAGAACUCAAAAGGACAAACCAAAAAAGAUGCAAAGCCAGCUGGUAAGAAUGGCAAGAAGGCGGAGGGGUCGUCAGGGAGCUCUUUCUUCACCUGGUUCAUGGUACUGGCCCUGCUGGGGGUCUGGACGUCUGUGGCCGUGGUCUGGUUCGGCCUCGUGGACUACGACGACGUGCUGGCCAAGGCAAAGGAGUUCCGUUAUAACAUUUCAGAGGUGUUGCAAGGUAAACUCGGCGCCUAUGACGCGGAUGGUGACGGCGACUUUGACGUAGAAGACGCCAAAGUUCUUCUAGGGCUGAAGGAGACGCCUGCCGCCGCAGAGGUGCGCGACUCUUCGCAGUUCAUCCCGGAGCCGCUCAUGAAAGAGCCAGAACCUGAGCCAGAGCAUCAGUCAGAACCUGAGGCAAUAGUGGAGGAAGAGGUGGUGCAGAGUUGGGUGCAGGAUACAGCCCAGACACCUCCAGAGCCAGCUGUAGAGGAACCAGAUGUGUCAGAGGAGCCGGUGAUGGAGCUGGAGGCGGAGCAGGAGGAUGCAGAGCCAGCGGAGGAUGAGGAGGAAGUUGAUGAGGAGGUGCUUGAAGAGGAAGAGGAGGUGGUGGAGACUGAAGAGGCCCAGGUAGAGGAACCUGUGGAAGUAGCUGAGGAGCUGGAGGAAAAGGAGUCACAAGGUGAAGCUCAAACUGUGGAGGUGGAGCCUGAGCCAGAGGCGGAUCCUGAAGCCUACGCAGAGCCAGAGGUGGAGCCAGAGGUGGAGCCAGAGGUGGAGCCAGAGGUGGAGCCAGAGGUGGAGCCAGAGGUAGAGGUGGAGCCAGAGGCAGAGGCGGAGCUUGAGGCAGAGGUGGAGCUAGAAACAGAGGCGGAGCCAGAGUUAGAGGUGGAGGCUGAGCCAGAAGCAGAGGCUGAGCCAGAAGCAGAGGCUGAGCCUGUUUAUGAAGAACAUCAGGAGGGCACCACCGAGCAGGAAGCACCUGUCAAAGAGGAAGCAGAACCAGAACGAGAACCAGAUGUGGAUACUGAAGAGUUUGCAGGUGAAGAUGUCCCAGCUCUCGAGGACAGUGACAUCCAAGAAACCACUGACGUCUCCGAGGGCACCGAUGACGAUGUCCAUGGAUCUCAGAGCACGGAUGUGGAAUCUGAAAUCCAAGCCGCAGUUCCCCUUCCGGAGAUACUGGACGAGGAGUUUGACUCAGUUGACAGGCAGAGCGAUGAUACUGAUGCUCAUCCGUAUGAGGACCACACAGACGAUGUCAUAGACACGCAAGGAGAAGUCAUUGAGGAAGAGCAGCCUGUGGAAACAGAAGCAGAGUCAGAAGAAGAGCAGGAGGCCUCCCACUCGGAGUCGGAUGUGGAAACAGAGGCCGAAGCAGAAUCAAUAUCGGAGUCCGAAGCAGAUGAAGCUGCUAGAGAAGAACCACCAGAAGAGCUACCAGAGGAGGAACCGGCAGAGAAGCAGCCAGAGGUGGAGGCAGCAGAGGAGCAUGUGGAGCCAGAGGACCACCAUCGAGAGGAAGCUGCAGGAACUGCCGAGGCUCAGCAGGAGGAGAAAUCCAAAGAAAAAGCCAAGAAGAAGAAGCCCAAACUGCUAAAUAAAUUCGAUAAAACCAUCAAAGCGGAGAUCGACGCUGCGGAAAAGCUGCGCAAAAAGGGAAAAGUUGAAGAUGCCAUGCGGGCCUUUGAAGCCCUGGUCGAGAAAUACCCCGGGAGCCCCAGGUGCCGCUAUGGGAAAGCACAGUCCGAGGACGACCUUGCCGAGAAGAUGCGCAGCAACGACAUUCUGCAGCGCGCCAUCAACACCUACAGGGAGGCGGCAGAGCUGCCCGGGGCGCCGGCCGACCUGGUCAAGAUCGCGUUGAAGAGGCGGGCGGAGAGACAGCAGUUCCUGGGUCGGAUGCGUAGUGCCCUGGCCACCCUGGAGAAACUGGUGCAGAUCUUUCCAGAAGACACCUCCUUGAAAAAUGACCUGGGAGUGGGGUACCUGCUCCUAGGCGACAACAAGAGCGCUAAGAAAGUGUACGAGAAGGUCCUGGCGGAGGCGCCUGAGGAUGGCUUCGCCAAAGUGCAUUACGGCUUCAUUCUCAAAUCGGAGAACAAGAUCGCUGAGAGCAUCCCCUUCCUGCGGGAGGGACUCGAGUCUGGGGACCCAGGCACGGAUGACGGGAGGUUCUACUUUCACCUGGGCGAUGCCCUGCAGCGAGUUGGAGAUGACAGCGCCUACAAAUGGUACGAGCUCGGGCACCAGAGGGGCCACUUUGCAUCCGUAUGGCAGCGGUCGCUCUACAACGUGGACGGACUGAGGGCUCAGCCCUGGUGGACGCCCAAAGAGACUGGUUACACAGACCUCGUGAAGACACUGGAGCGCAACUGGAGGACGAUCCGGGACGAGGCCCUCGCGGUGAUGGACGCAACCAGCGGUCUCUUCUUGCCCGAGGAUGAGAACCUGCGGGAGAAGGGCGAGUGGGGCCAGUUUACACUCUGGCAGCAGGGUAGAAAGGUGGACAAGUCUUGCCAAAGUGUGCCCAAGACCUGUGCCCUAAUGGAGCGCUACCCGGAGGCCACGGGCUGCAAAAGGGGGCAGAUCAAGUACUCAGUGAUGCAUCCAGGGACCCACGUCUGGCCCCACACGGGCCCCACCAACUGCCGGCUGCGGAUGCAUCUCGGCCUGGUCAUCCCUUCCCAGGGGUGUCGGAUCCGCUGCACCAACGAGACCAGGGCCUGGGAGGAGGGGAAAGUGCUCAUCUUCGAUGACUCCUUCGAGCAUGAGGUGUGGCAGGAGGCGGACCGCUACCGGCUCAUUUUCAUCGUGGAUGUUUGGCACCCGGAGCUCACGCAGUACCAGAGGAAGACUCUGUCGCCCAUUUAAAAGACAGGCGGGCGGGUCACUGACUGUAAUUCACCGUUAAGGCUGCUGAUUCACACGUUUAGGUAGGAACCCGUGUAGCACACCCCUGCGGAGGAAAUCAAAGGGAUCGCUUUUCCGUAACAUUUCUUCAGGUUGCUCAUACAGGGAAGCCAUUCUGUAGACACGCUUGUACUUCGACUACUGCACAAUCAGUUUUUUUUUUCUUUUUUUUUUUUUAAAUAGAAUUUUUUUUUAUUAUGCGGUACUUUAGAAGUAUAUAAUCGCAUCCAAAAUGGAAGCUAAGCAAACGAAUACAAAUAUCCCGCAGAGCCGGCCAGUGGACAAAUAUGGCCUGGAUGCUCUCAGCGUGGGAAGAAAGGGCUUGAUUGCGAUUCGUAUUUGUCGCCGAAUGGGAAUCGUUUCAAAGCUCCGACUCUUGAAACCGGUGCCGAUAAGACAAAUUGGGACAUCUGGUUGCCUUUGGCUCAGCUUCCUCGUUCUUGUUACCAAUCCUGCUGCUGUUUAUAAUUAUUAUUAAACACAGCAAAAUUACUACCAGCCGUCCAAAACUCCAAAGCAUCCAAAUGAAUAGCAGUUUUUUUUUUUUCCUCCCCGUUUUCAGUAAUGGGCCGUUUUGUCGUAGCAGGUCUCGGCAACUAAAAACUGGAGGAUUUUCAAAGCUGCGGCAAAUAAGGCUUGUUCACAGAAUUAGCAUGAUAUUUACAUAUUAAUACCUACUUGAUGUUCACUCGCGGGUGUUAGGCGUGAGGAAAUGCUGAGUUUGUCGGGAAUUGAUACGACCGCAUUUUUCCGUAAUUCAUGCAGAGUUCUGUCCUAAAAUUUUUUAUGUGAUUUUAUAGCGCAAUUGUCACAGUUUUGACAGGGUUUUCGUACUGCAGUCAGCCCAUGUCUGUUGUAAUUUAGCGCUUCCAUGUGCAUAAAACUCUACAGGUUAGUUUUAUAGCUGCCGGGCCGCUCGCACAGAUGCAGCUUCACAAUUCAGCAGUGGGCUGUAGUAAUGUUCAUAAUAACAGAACUAGGGAUACCGCACAGCUGGUCAUGAAGUUAAAACACUACUUAAAUGUUCACACAGGCGAUAUAAUAAGUAAUUUCUCUUUCGACACUUUCUCGCUAUUAAUGCUCCUCAUUUUUGCAAGGAUCAGUAUCUUUAGAAAACCCCCAAAUAGUCUUGUGGUAUGGUGGAUGUGGUAAUGAACCAGAUUCGUUUUACAGGUGCAAGGAAUUAAUACCAUUUGCGUUAUCUUUUGUGCCUUUUACUUUGCGGUAAUGUAUCAUGUACAAGAAAUACACAUGCGUGGUCCCAACAGGGAAUCGGCGUCACUUCUUUAAUGUGAACAGAUAAUUGCACUCGUGAAAAAAUAUUAUAUUUUAAGGUGUUGAAGUACAUGGUUUUUUCAGUUGUAUCAAUGGAUUUUUUUUAAACUUAUUUUUAAUGCACAUUUUUGUAUGCCUGUAUUAUAGCAUGUUUUGUAAAGCUGUACUACAUUCUGGAAUUAGAUUUCUUCCCCACGCACCUUA